UAUCUCGCGAGACUCUGUGGUUGUAUGAGAUCCUCAGCGCUCACCAGCUGUCAAGAAGUUUACAAGAAGGCGGAAUGGCUAAAGUAGAGUUAACGCCGCUUAGACCGUGGGAUGAUUUCUUCCCUGGAUCUGAACGAUUUGCCAAACCAGACAUCCACGAUUUACCGAAAUGGAACAACAGAGUGGUCAGCAACUUACUUUACUACCAGACUAAUUACUUAGCGAUGGCAGUGGUCGUGUUUCUGGCUGUUGGGUUCAUGUACCCCAUUGGCAUGUUCACGGGAGCAGCAGUAAUCGUAGCAGUGUUCCUUGGCGCUGUGUGGGCUGCAGACAACAAAGCUAUAAUCAAGAACUUUAAGAAGGACAACCCUGCACUGUUUGUCUUUUUAGUGAUUUUGGCCAGCUACCUCCUUAUGUCUCUCUUUGGCGGAGUCGUGGUCUUCUUGUUGGGGAUUAAACUCCCGCUAAUCUUGAUAUUCGUUCAUGCUUCGCUGCGUCUACGCAACAUGAAGAACAAGCUGGAGAAUAAGAUGGAGACCGCAGGGCUGAAAAAGUCACCCAUGGGCAUUCUACUGGAAGCACUCGGCCAACAGGAAGAGAAUUUAAGCAAGGUUCAAGACUUCCUGGAGAGCAAGCUCAAGGAAUGACUGCUCAAGGAACGUUUCCUUGUUUUCAUUCUGCAUGAUCAAUAUCCAGGUGUACGGAUGAUUACAUCUCCAAAAGAUGUGUGAAAGUAUGCUUAAACGCUUGCAGUGAGAUGUCGAUCAAGUGACAUGACAUGAGGUCAUUUACAAAUAUUGCAAAGCACAAUUUUUCUAUGAAUUUUUUUUUUUUUUUUUUUUUAAAUAGAAAGAACCAAAGAUUAUGAGAGCUUGUGUGAGAUGUAGGAUGAUGGGAAUGUUGCAGGAUUUGAUGCUAACAUGAUAAUAACUAUGAUGAUGAGAGUUGCCAGAUGAGUAAACUGUCUUAUGAAAUUGGCUUCUGGGCUCAAGUACCAUUAACAUGACUUGAAGGUACACUUCCUCUCAUGUCUGGUUGAUUUACAUGAGCUUUAUUUCAUUUAUGAAAAACCAAAGUCCAUUGGUAUUAUUUCCGUGUUUUCUGUGGUUUUCCUGUAUUUGAAUGCAUCUCAUUUAACUUGAACGGGCGUGCACAGCAGCAUGUCAGUUCAAGAGGAAAUCAUGCAAAGGAAUCAUGUAGACUGUGAAAGUCUUAAGUGUUUGUCUUCAACAUUUUCUGAGUUACAAAAUCUUGUUUGUUAGCUGUUAAAUCACUCAAAAAUACCACCGUUUGGUAUGAAUAAUGAAGAAAUCACUGUUAACAUGAAGUUGUGUAAAUGGGUCUAAAAAUUCAGUGUUACAUUUGGUGUGCGAGGGAUUAAUUACAACAAAAACACUCCAUGAUGUUAUUGAAUGACACAUAAUAAAUAAAUAAAGUGUUUUUUUCCCCCCACA